AUGCCUGCAAUGCUAGACGAUCCGAGUGCGCCGGUCAUCUUCAGGACCUCUGGCGACAUCCCAUAUCCCCCGCCUGGCGGCCCGCUACCCGUUGGCAUCGCGCCAUGUCAAGUUACCCUGCGCGACCGCGUCACUACCGCGACCAUUAUACCCUUCUCAGCGCCAAAUCAGGUACCGCUCACACUGUUAGCGUAUUUAUGUGACCAGCUAGGUCGCGAGAUUGAGAAGGGAGAUACGUAUCCCAUGGUCGAGCCGCUGGCCCUUGAGAACUUCGGUCCGUACUGGUUCGGUGUCUUUGGUGCCAUUAUGCUGCUGGGCGAGAUACAGGACGGGCGUGAACUACACGAGAUGGCGCGUAGAGGCUGUGAUUGGGAGCGCGAAUGCCUGGGAAGCUUCUACAUUAAGCCGAACUAUCCCGGCAGGUCCAGUCAUGUCUGCAACGGGGGGUUUCUGGUGACAGAUGCAUCGCGCAACAGAGGUGUGGGGCGUUUGAUGGGCGAGACAUAUCUGGAUUGGGCACCGAAGCUGGGCUACACAUACUCUGUCUUCAACCUCGUAUAUGAGACUAACGUCGCCUCCUGCCGCAUAUGGGAUGCGUUAGGCUUCAAGCGAAUCGGCCGGGUCAAGGGCUGCGGAAACUUGAAGUCAUAUCCAGGCGAGUUAGUUGAUGCUAUCAUCUAUGGCCGCGAUCUAGGCACAGAUGAUGACUUCGUAUCGGAAGAGCGUUUUGACAAGAUUCGCUUCUAUCUCAAAAACGGAAAGUACCCCAACGGUGCUGAUAGGGCGGAAAAGAGUCGCCUUCGUAGUGCUGCGACGCACUAUAAGCUCACUCCUGCGACAGACAACGAGCCGGAGAAGCUAUGGCUCAAGGGUAAGGAAGUUAUUGCGGAUGCUCAGAGGCAGUAUGAAAUUGCUCGAGAGGUCCACCAUAAAUCUCAUGGUGGCAUCAACAAGACCACUGCGGCUAUUGCAGAGCUCUACCACUGGGUCCGCAUCAAGGAAACCGUCAGUCAGGUCAUCCGUAACUGUCCGGAAUGCAGCGAAAUGAACAAGGGUCUCUCAGCUAUGCGGCAGAACCAGCACCUAAACCAGAACCAAACGCGCUCGGGUUAUCUACACCCAAACACUGGGCCGUCAUCUCUUACGCCAAGUCCACCGAAUCAGUAUCCGCCGUCUCAACCACCGGGUCUUCCAGACUCACCGAGUAAUCAACUUGAAAUUGAAGCUGCGAAACAUCAUGAUCCUUUUCCGCGGUACGCUGCCGGCAACGACUUCGACAUGCCAGUAGACCCGGCACUCAUGCAAGAUAUAAAACCCGGUCUAAACCUCGCUGACCUCCCACCAUCGCCGUUCCUUACUGCUGGUCAGGGACUUGGCGGCGUUCCGCAAAUGGGCCACCUCGACCUCCCCGGUGGUAAUUUCCAUGAUCAGUCGCGCAUGAGUAUUGAUUCUUCUGGGGCCGAUGAGCGGGCGCCCACUGCAAGAGAGGAACUGAGAAGACGGCUAAAUCGAGUCGCGCAAUAUGGGCAUAAUUGA